AUGAUUCCAGUUGGAUAUCAAAGAGCGAGCAGAGCGGAACAUACAGCUCGCAUUGAUAUUUUCGAGGUAGUUCAUUCCAAUUCUCUCCCACAUUGUGGUAUCCCUUUGAUCUUUACCCGUUAUUGGGACUUAAGAAAUAGCCAGCAAGGACUGACAAAUAUGAAUAUCUUCCAAGUAAUUCCAAUUGGCGUUACGGCUACUGGUAGACAUGGGAACAGGUACAAGAGAAGAUACAUUAUCGGUAGAGGAUUGCAAAGUAAUGCUGUUCAUUUUAAUGAGUUUAGCAAAAAAUCAAAAGAAGAGUCUUCUCGUAUUCGAAUUAAAAUGACACGAGAGAAAUACACUGAAAAGUUUAUUAAAGAAUUGACCAAUAUAGCCCGUGACUCAAGUGUAUAG